CAGAGUCCUACUAAAAGAAAUUCAACAGGGUAAACCUGCGGCUUCUGCGCGCGACCUGACGCCCAAGUCCAGAAAGUUGUGAAGUUUACUUGAUCUCCUUAUUACAGCCCAUCAGAUCAGAAGACAGAAGGCUGCGAUGUCUGCCGAUCAGAAAGAGGCCAUGAAUAUAUAUAGUGUAACGCUCAACGGACCUGCUCCCUGGGGUUUUCGGCUUCAGGGAGGGAAGGACUUCAACAUGCCCCUGACCGUGUCAAGAGUGACCCCAGGCGGUAAGGCGGCCCAGACCGGAGUGGGUGUUGGGGAUUGGUUGGUGUCCAUCUCUGAUGCCAACGCAGAGGAGAUGACCCAUGUGGAGGCACAGAACAAGAUCAGAGCCGCAACCGACUCCCUCACUCUCACUUUGAGCAGAGCUUUUAAUCCUGCCGGAGGAGAGCAGAACGAUUCACUCGGACCUGCAUCCAGUCAGCCCAAGUACUCAUUUGCACCGAGCACGACCAUAAACAAGAUGGCACGGCCAUUCUCUGCAGCCCCUGGCAGUGCCAGCAAGGGGCCGGUCAUCAAGCCGGUGUCGUACGCCCCCAAGCUUAACUUCAACUCGCCGCAGCCUCACAAUGGUCACGGAGUAACUCCCUGUCCUGCCAAGUCCAAGCCAGCAGACAAAGCUGAUGAAGUUCAAGCACCAGCUAAAGCAUCAACUGAUUCCGGUCCAGCCUGCCGGCCGCCAUGGGUGACGGAUGCCAGUUUUGCAGACCGUUACCACCCAGACAAGACCAGCACGGUGGUGACACAGCACAAGAAGCCAGUCCAACCCACUCCCAUGCAGAACCGCAGCUCCAUCAUGCAGGCAGCGCAGCAGAACCCUGCCGACUCCAGCGGCCGCACCCCGCUCUGCGCCGCAUGCAACAAGGUCAUUAGGGGACGCUACGUGGUGGCGCUGGGUCGUUCCUGGCACCCAGAGGAGUUCACGUGCUGUCAGUGUAAAAAGGUGUUGGACGAGGGGGGCUUCUUUGAGGAAAAAGGAUCCAUUUACUGCACCAAGUGCUACGACAACCGUUACUCACCCAACUGUGCCAAAUGCAAGAAGAAGAUAGCUGGGGAAAUCAUGCACGCCCUGAAGAUGACCUACCACGUACAGUGCUUCCUGUGUGCUGCCUGCAAAAUGCCCAUCAGGAACCAGGCCUUCUACAUGGAGGAGGGAGAGCCCUACUGCCAGAGUGACUAUGAAAAGAUGUUUGGUACCAAAUGCCAUGGCUGUGACUUCAAGAUUGAUGCAGGGGACCGUUUCCUUGAGGCGCUGGGCUACAGCUGGCAUGACACUUGCUUUGUCUGUGCCAUCUGUCAAAUCAAUCUGGAGGGGAAGACGUUCUUUUCAAAGAAGGACAAGCCAUUAUGUAAAAGUCACGCUUUCUCUCCGGUGUGAGGCUCUGCUGUUCGUCAAGGAGGGGCCGGAACGGAGACUGGUGGGUCUAUAGCUCUGCCAAACAAGACCAAGUACUUUACUUGAAGCCUGUAACAUAUGGCUGACUGACAGAGUGAUGAAUAUAGUAUCUCCGCUCUUUUUCACCAGCUGUUUUAGCAGCUUCGAUCAGCAUUUACUAAGUAUGUGUCAUUCAGCAAAGCACGGACCUGAAUUUUUGGUAGCUUGCUUCAGUAUGCCGACAGACUGCCCUGAGUUUCGUUAUGUUACGAUGCCAGUCAUUCAACUGGAAAGCUUGUGAACUGUUAUAACCACCAAUGCCAGACGUCGGAACGGAUAACAAGGUAUUUGGAUGCAGUAUUUUAGCUGUUAUUCCACAUCCCACUCCACCUCCAAAAUUCAUGACACCUUGUCAAUCCAAAAAAAAUAGUACGCUCUUAUACUGCUCACUUUACUAUCACUUUUCAGAUAUACAGUAAUUGUUUCGUUUCAGUAUUCCCCAAUAUGGCAUCUGAGUGAAUCUCACAAAACAUGUUAUGUUCACAUUUUACCCCAUUUUAUAUUGCAUAAAGUAAAAUUAAACCAUUUGUAUGAAUAUGACUUUUUGUGACUUUAUUUCCAUGACAGUUGAGUAUGUUUCCCCUCCAAAUGCCAUUAUAAUUACUGUAAUUCAAAAAUAAUAAUAAAAAAAGUAUACAUCAUAAUAGAAUUUGUUGUUCUGGCUUAAUGCUGUUUUUAAUACAGUAAAUAUAUAUAUAUAAAAUGGAAUUACAAAUAAUAAAAUGUGAUUAGCAUGAAAAUAUUGUCCCACUGAAAAAAAAAGUAAAUACUGAAAAAAAAAAAUUCUUGAUUUAAUUUUGUUGUAAAAUGUGAUUUUUUUUUUUUUUUUUUUUUUUUUUUGUGAGAUUCGCUCAUCUUGUCUGCACUCGGGUGUGUGUUUUCAGUCAAAAUCCUAUCCUCUCUUGUCACAAAUAAGGACAAAGCAUUUCCCAUGUGAUGAGUGAAGCAAUCUAGUACAAUCCAUUUUGUAGGCUAAAGCAUUGAGCAUGUGAUCUACUCAGACAGGAUCUUAAAGUGGCCCCUCAAUCCUGAUGCUGUGCAGCCUACUUUUUUGCUCCGCCUGAUUUGCUGUGCCAGGGUACUUAAGGUAAUGGCAAACCACAGAGGAAUAAAAUGCCCCUGGCAGCUACACUGAAAUGCAUUAGCACUGAUUGUAUGCGUUUCAUCCCGACCCAACCAAUGGUCUCUACAUGGCUUAAAUACUAAAUGUCACAUUCAUCUGUUCUAAUCAGAUAGGUAGUUCUAAUUAAGGAAAGGCCUGUGAUACCAUAAAAACACUUUGCGUUACUGCAAAUGGAUCCGGCAAUAUUAUACGAGCAGAGUCACUUAGAGCCUUUGUUUGUAUUUGCUUGCUGUUAUUUAAAGCUCUGUGUCCAUUUUGGCCAUUUCUGCAAGCUGCAAGUGCCAAAGAUGAGGGCAUGGAAAGCGUUUUUUUUUUUUUUUUUUUUUUGAGCAAUCCUGAUUAUGGAUAUCACCAAUGUAUGCAUAAUCUUAUGGCUUUUCCAAACAAUGGUUCAGAGACAAAAAAAAAUAAAUACCAGAUGCUGCCCGGAACAUUGCCUUAUCAAAAUCUCCUGCACUCUAAUCGGAAGAAAUGCAACACUCCAAUAUCCUGCUCUUAGAAAGCUAUAUAUAUUUAAGCCAACAGCUCAAUUUUUGUACUUUUUAUAUUGAAAACGUGUUACGUAUCAACUAUCAAGUGCCUUUUUUUAAUAGCUUUGCAGCCUUUAACUAUUGUGUGUCAUUCAGAGAUUCAAGAUAAACUGCUGUAUUCUUGUGCAUAUUAUAGAGAGGUUUUCUAUGUCAGAUGAUGCAAAUCAUUUAUAAAGAAAUUGUGCUAGAGACAUUUAGUCAAUAAAUCACCUGCAGUCA